AUGGGCAUUGAGGAAGCUCCUACAACGACAUCCGCAUCCCAUUUUGUCAUAGCCCGUGUUCGACAAAGACAAACAGACCAAGGGAUUAGGAACCAUGGAGCGAAGGCCACCAGAGAGAAAAGGAGGGCAAUGCUGCACCUUUCUGCCUGCUAUGGCAACUAA